AUAGUUUCAGAAUGACAUCACCUGCGAGCUUCGGCUUCCCAGGGCCAGGGGAAGCACACUCGAAGCGCACACAACACAGCUUUCCGCGAGGGAACCGGGCAAGGACCUCGACGUUUCUUUCCUACUGGAUCAGCAAUGCUACGAGGCGCUCUUGCAUACCAGCACCUUUUCGUCCCUAAUUUUCGACGCUAGAGUAACAAGUGGUGGCACUGGUCCCGGAAGCUAUCGCUUUUGCGACGAGAGAGGGACAUCAUAGCUCAUCACCCCGCGAUUUUCGUCAAGCUGUCAGCUGGACCGGGUCCUCCUUUUUAACGUUUGUUUUCCCUCCCUCUUUCCCUCCGCCAAUUCUUCUUGCAAUCACUGGCCGUCUCUUUCUGUGUGCUAUCAUCCGUACGUCAAAGAGAGAGGGAGAGAGAGAGAUACCACUGCCGAUAAUAUCACUCAGGCAUUUCCUUGGCUCUAUUGAUAUCAAUAUACCAGCUUGUCGACAGCUCGACAUUAUCAACUACAGCUCCUCUUCUAAACGAUACAUCGUAAUCGUAGCGGACACGACGCAAAUAUGGAUCAUCCAGUAAAGGAAAUCAGGACUGUCAUCCGGGACCUGGUUCAGGGCUCCCCGGAGAAGCAACAAAAUGCCCUCUAUUCCAAUUUUGCCGAGGACGCCACCUUCACCCACCCCUUCUGCCACGUCCCUUCUUUCGGCAACGUUCAGAUCCCCUUCCUCUUCCCCAUCAACUCGCGCUGGCUGAUCCUCAUGAUCUACCGCUGGUAUCGCGUUCUCAGUCCCAACAUUGAGAUGGAAAUCGAGUCUUGUGUCCAAGACCAAAAGACCAACCUACUCUACGUCAAGAUGCGCCAGGACUUCCGCCUCUGGUUCGUGCCCUUCUACAACGCGCCCGUUGACUUCGUCGUCGUCCUCCGCCUAGAGACUCGCACCGUCGACGCCAACGGUAACCCGAUGCCCCGCGGCUACGGCGACUCCAACACGGUCGGCAGCCGCCAGCGCCAGUUCAUCGUCAGUCAGGAGGACCACUAUCAGAUCGGCGAGUGGCUCAAGUUUCUCGUCCCCUUCUUCGGUUACUGGGCUUGGCACGUCUGGACCCUCUUCGCGACGGUUCUGUGCGUGGUUGGCGCUUUCUUCGGGUAUCCUCUCACCCUCCUAUAUCAGCAGUUUGCUGGAAUCAGCAGCACCAACGGCAAUGGCAGCCUUCAGGAGAACAAGAGAGACUAGCAGUGCCGCGGUCGACUAUCAAGGGGGAUGGGAUGGUGCUGAUGAACGUUGAUGUUUCUGCAAAUUCAUGUUGUGCGUGUAAGAUGGUUGAGUGAAGGUUAUGCUUAGGUACCUAAUGUAUGGUUAAUCGAUU